AUGCCAUAUAUUGGAGCAUCUAACAUUUCCCAAAACUCUUUUGUUAGUCUGAAGGAAAAGCAUGCUAUUCGGGAUAAAGGAUCUCCAUCUGGUUCUGAGAUCUCUUUGGUUCCGGAUUCUCCCAUAAAGGACGUGGCACCAUCUAGGUUGAAUAAUGUUACCAAUGCGUCUUCUUUGAGCAAUAACUCUGAUAGCGCACCUCGCAGCAAUAAUGGUGUAGGCACUGACAGCUCUAGUGUUCCUAAGACUAGACCAAGAGAACAAUCGUUUAACGGGCCGCUCCCAGAGCAUAUCCUUAAGGAUGACAAGAAUUUUUUCGGUUUGGAAAGGCCGCCUAGACUUGCCAGAAAUGUCUCGCUAGACUCGUCAGCCUCUACAAUAUCAGAAGUUGACGCUAAGGAGCUUUUCAUGCUGCCGAAUGAAUCCACACAUGCGUACUCUUAUAACCCGCUGUCGCCGAACUCCCUAGCUGUACGUUUAAGCAUAUUGAAGAGAUCUCUAGAGAUUAUUAUAGGUAACCCUGAAAUGUUGAGAGAACCAGAGUUGGAUCUCCCAGAGGAACUAAAGGGCGAAAAUGUGUCACAAAGGAGGAAAAGUUUAAAUAACUUGUACAAUCCACAUUUUGAGUCCUUCUCAAUGGACAGAAGUGUAAUGAGAAAGGCCAAUCAGAAGGCAAUGCCACAUACCGCGACAUUGAAUGCAUUUGUAGCAAAUAGCACCACUAACUUUGGUAACUUGGCUAUUUCUGAGAAAAAGAAGGCUAAUAAUCAGCUAUCAAAAUCGUCAUUUGGUAAUAUUAAUGUGGGUAACAUAGCAGGCAUACAUAGAGCAGCAUCCAUGGCAUUUUUGCCUUCGUCAUUUGGUAGAUCAGAUAGCCGCACAGACAGAAGUCUGGCUGAUUUUAAUAGGAAAUUUGGGAGAAAGCCAAACCCACAAAUUAAUUUUAGAGAACCGUUCAAGAAAAUACCAGAACAAGGGACAUCUAGUAUGGAAGAGUGUUCUUCUACAAAAACUCUAAGUGGUGAUAAUACUUCUAAAGAUCUAGAUCAUAGCAUUAGUGCAAUCUCAGAAGAAGGCGAUACAGUAGUUAAUGAAAUGGACUAUUUCGUCGAUGAGCAAAGAGCAAAUCUCAUGAGUUUGUUAGAUCUUCUAAAUGAGACUUUGGAGAAGAAUACCUCUCCAAAAGCUUCUGAUCUGCAUAUGAUUUCUCUAUUCAAUUUGGAUAAGUUAUCUUUGAACAAUGAUGAAUGUAACGGUAAAUCUAGCUCUGAAUCACAGAAGAGAACUGUCGCAUUGAAGAAAACUCUAUUAGAUAGUUUGGCUGAGCCAUUUUUUGAACAUUAUGGUGGUGCCGAUGAAAUACGGCAUGAUGACGGUGAACUGGUGAAUGAACUAGAAGAUAUAUCUGCUAUGGCAGAUGAUUCAGUUUCAUUAGGUGAAUUCAGACCUCAGCAAGAUUACGGAAGGAUAUUGAGAACUUUUACUUCAACUAAGAACUCCGCUCCGCAAGCAAUUUUUACAUGCUCACAGAACGAUCCCUGGCAGUUUAGAGCAGCAAAUGAUUUAGCAUGUCUUAUAUUUGGAAUAUCCAAAAAUGCUUUAAGAGCUUUGACUCUAUUAGAUUUAAUUCAUACUGACAGCAGAAACUUUGUGGUUAAUAAGCUCUCUUCUACUGAGGGACAAGAAUUGGUCUUUACAGGUGAAAUUAUAGGAAUUGUACAACCUGGUGGUGACAAUACUAAUCUAAUAUGGGCUUCAUUUUGGGCGAAGAGAAAGAAUGACAUGUUGGUCUGUGUAUUUGAGAAAGUUCCAUGUGAUUACGCCGAUAUAAUGCUCAGCUUAGAUGAUUUCUCAGUGACAUCUGUUUUAGAUAGAUGUGGUUUGCUAGAAGCUGCAAAAAAGAAAGAGCCAGAGAACAAACAUCCUACGUUCCAUUUGGGUCUCAAUGAGGAGGAUUCUGAGGAAGAGGAUGACGAGUCAUCAGACUCUAAGGUAGCUGAACCGGCUAAGAAAAGUGUUAAGUUUGCUGAUGAAAUUACAAAUAUCUCUAUGAUUAGUACUUCAUUGGCACAAACUAUUGAAGAUGUAUGCAAUGGUAAACUUCAUAACCUGGAUGAUGAUCUGCUACCUUUACAGCUAAGAGUAUCAAACAGAAUCAACUUCACUAGAUAUUUCACACUGAAUCAUUUGUCUCAUAGUAUUCCAUGUGCUGUAUCAGCUACUAUUCUAGAGAAUGAGAUGAAAUUGAAAAUUCACGGUAUCCCAUACCAAGCCGGUCUGUUUGUGGUUGACUCCCAUAAUUAUCAAAUGAUUAGCUUUAAUAAAUCUAUUGUUAAGAAUAUGUUUGGUUAUCAUUUCUCUGAUAUGGUUGGCAAACCAAUAACUGAUAUUAUACCAUCCUUUUCAGAACUAUUAAAAUUCACAUCUUUGAGAUAUCCAGCACUGACAGUCACAAAUCACAGAAAUAGAGGUUUGGUCUUGACUGAACACUUCUUCCGUAAGUUGCGUGCCGAAAUGAUGGGUCGCAAAGAUGAGUUCUAUACAUCUAUUGGUAUUGAUGCAGUCCAUAGAGACGGUGGUAUGAUUAAGGUAGACUUCCAAGUUAGAGUUAUGAGUUCUAACGUAAUUUUGGUAUGGAUAACUCAUUCGAGAGAUGUAUUUUUCAAUGAUUACACUACAACACCUUCUCAAUUACAUAUGCUAAAAGAAAAUGAUCUAGCUGUUGUCAGCAGUGAAGGAAGUUCUACAUGCUCUUCUAGUAAGUCAUCCCCCCAUAUUUCUUCACGUCCUUUGCGUGAACUAACAAAACUAUCGGAUGUUGAUAGAGAUAAUCAGCCAGAGAGAUUUAAAUCUUCAUCCGUUUCCUCAAAGGAUUCAACUUUGUUUGACAAAGAUACUCAUAAGGAUGUGAGUAUGGAUGAGGUAUUUGAUGAUUUGGAGAUUGAGAAGGAUAUUGAAGACCCUGAAUUGAAGAGAAAACUGGCUUUAACAAAGAUUUAUCACAAGGAUAAAUCACAGUUUGUUAAGGAAGAGAACUUCAAAGUGAACCAGAGCUUCAUCAUGAGUAAGAUUUCUAUUCAGCAUAGUAGCGACUCUUUAGCCAACAACAGGUCAGCCACAACUACACCUAUAAAUCUUCAAGAGGGCAAUAUUGCCCCAACCACCUUCUUGACGAUGAAUCCAAAUCCAAUUGGAGCAAAGAAGCAUACCAAAAAACUUUCAGAUUUUAUCAUUUUACAAAACAUGGGUGAAGGUGCUUAUGGUAAAGUCAAUCUUUGCUUGCAUAAAACUGAAAGAUACAUUGUUGUCAUCAAGAUGAUCUUUAAGGAGCGUAUUUUGGUUGAUACCUGGGUUCGUGACAGAAAAUUGGGUACAAUACCAUCGGAAAUCCAAAUAAUGGCCACAAUAUCAAAGGAACCACAUGAGAACAUUUUAACAUUACUGGAUUUCUUUGAAGAUGACGAUUACUAUUACAUUGAAACACCUGUUCAUGGAGAAACUGGUAGCAUUGAUUUGUUUGAUUUGAUUGAAUUUAAAACUAACAUGACAGAGAUAGAGGCAAAGCUUCUAUUUAAACAAGUUGUAUCUGGUGUUAAGCACCUCCAUGACCAAGGUAUUGUACACAGGGACAUUAAAGACGAGAAUAUUAUUGUUGAUUCACAAGGAUUUGUCAAAAUUAUUGAUUUUGGUUCGGCAGCCUAUGUUAAGAGCGGGCCUUUUGACGUUUUUGUCGGUACAAUAGACUACGCUGCGCCUGAAGUCCUUGGUGGUAGUCCAUACGAGGGUAAACCGCAAGAUAUUUGGGCAAUUGGUAUUCUAUUAUACACUAUAGUAUUCAAGGAGAAUCCAUUUUAUAAUAUUGAUGAAAUUCUUGAGGGUGAAUUGAAAUUUAAUAGUAGUGAACUUGUUAGUGAGCAAUGUACUACUCUCAUUGCUAAAAUUCUGAAUAGAAAUGUGCAAAAGAGACCAACAAUUGAUGAUAUCUAUAAUGAUGAAUGGUUAGUCAUUUAG